AUUUGUUACCUUUGGGCUGCUCCGAAGAACAUGUAGAUUUAAAAUGACUGCGCCAACUGUAAGUAAGAUCGAUAAACGCAAAAAGAGCGAGUAUGACGAUCCCAUUCUAGAUUCUAUCGUAAUUCCAGAUUACGUCAGGGAGUUUAAACCGACAGAGGAACUCAUCAAAUCUACUACAAAGAGUGGAGCUAAAAUUCGCUUCAUCUUUUCGGACGUAGAGUUCACUGAUUUUGAAAAGGAACACAUUCAUGCGUUUAAAAUAUUUGCGACACAAAAGUUGGAUGGGCCGCAGUUGGAGUCAGGAUUGGCUAUUGAAUCUUUUUCUAGGAGAUUCAAUAAUACAGUAUUUGGAAAUGACGGGUAUUUGCUGAGGUACCUCAUCAGCAAUGACUACUCGUACCCAGACGUCCUGAAUGAUAUGUAUAAUCACUUGAAAUGGAGAAAGAGCACUCUACCCAUUAGAAGAAUAGAUGUUGAAUCGGAAAUUGCGAGGGGGUUCGUUUACAUUCAUGGACGUGACAAAUUCAUGAGACCGAUUAUUGUCAUGCGUUCUGCACUAAUGGACAAAAACCGUCACGAAGCAAUUCUGAAAACAAUCUACUUCAUGCUCGAGCUGUGCAUUGAGAAGUUGUUGGUUCCAGGAAGGGUGGAACAAUGGAAGGUGAUUAUCGACUUGGAUGGCACAAAUCUCUUUAACAUCCAGGUCGCUCUCUUGAAACAAAUCGCUAAAUCACUUUCUGUAAACUAUAGGGCUAGGCUGUCCCAGAUGUUCAUCAUAAAUGCACCGUUCAUCCUGUCGUGCAUUUGGAAUUUGGUUAAAAAUGUUAUUCCACAAGUUACUCAAGAAAAGAUUGUAAUCAGCAGCGGCAAAAAUAGCAAGAAGCUGUUGGACAUGGCGCACCCAUCACAGUUAGAAGCGAGGUUUGGGGGCAAGGCACCAAACGUUACGAUGUUUGAUAUUCCAAUUAUGCCAGAGUUGUAGCUUUUCUCUAGUUGGAAAGCUACUGGUGAAUGUAGAUGAUAAGCAGCGGCGCUGUGCAUGUAUGAGUUGUGUUGACGCGAUUUCUAUGCGUAUAUUGACUAAGGAUUCUA